AUGGCCAAAGUUUUAUCAGCAUCGAAAAUCAUCAUAUGGAACGAAUGCACAAUGGCGCACAAACGUGCAUUAGAAGCACGUAACCGAAUAUUGAAAGAUAUACGCAAUGACUCGAGAUGUUUUGGAGGUGCAAUGAUUUUACUUUCUGGCGAUUUCUGCCAAACACUGCCAGUAAUUCCAAGAUCAACGGCUGCCGACGAAAUAAACGCUUGCCUCAAAUCAUCGAAUCUAUGGCGCUAUGUGAAGAAACUUCAGCUGACAACAAACAUGGGAUUUGCAUUGCUUAAUGAUACAUCUGCUGAAGAUUUCUCUGAGCAAUUGCUUACUAUCGGUAAUAGUCCAGUACCGGUCGACGAAUCGAGCGGAUUGAUUUCAUUUCCUCAGAAUUUCUGUAACUUUGUCUCAUCGAAAGACGAACUUAUCAGCAACGUAUUCCCAAACAUAAUCACCAACUACAAAAAUAAUGAAUGGUUGAGUGAGCGAGCAAUUUUAGAUCCUAAGAAUAAAGAUGUAGAUGACCUAAACUACAUAAUUCAGAAUGAUGAUUGGAACAAUGCAUUCAUUCAAAUCAAUUGA